AUGAGCGCACUUCUCCGUAGCCGACUCGCGGCGAGAGCCACGCCGGUGAUGCGCCCGGUAGUCUACCCGCGCGGGCGUUUCUUCGCCCACAGCUCCUACGGCGGCGAAGGCGAAACGGAUCCUCAGCAACCCAACAAUCCGCGCAACACCCCGACCCGCGACAUCGAGCACCCAGGCCCGCCCCCUCCCGAUACGAGCUCGUCCACGCCCGCCAACGAUAAAGGCCGCCAGGAACCAUCGAACAAAGCCCGACCGACGCUCGGAGACGAGGACAAGUACGUGGAUCGCGAUGGCAAGACGACGAAGGAUGCGCCGCAGGACGUGAAGCAGCAUAAUGAGGAGUUGUCGAAGCGAUAUGAUCAUCCCCAGGAGCAUGCUUAG